AUGGAAGACAAAAAUAGUAAAGUCGUCCUCGUAGAUAACACCGGGUUUAGUGUAGAAAUUGAACCGACCACAUAUCUUGAAAAUAACGAUGUGAGCAUCACCCCGCAAACGAGUCAAAGGGGUAGUUUUGGAAGUGAUUCGAGUACCAAGGAUUUAACGGGCUUCAAUUACGUUGAAAUGCCAGAAAAAAUGUGCGGUGAAUACAACGAACAGUGUAUCAACCUAGAUCAAUGUAACGAUUACAAUCAGAAUCAAUCUCCAUGGCAGCCGCAUCAAAAAAAGCAAUUUGCGGAGCAAAUCAAAUGGUACUUGGCGAACUUCGGAUAUAACGACUACAAUAUCGUGCAACAAAAGGAUAAGACUCUAGAACACAUAGUCACCCAAGAGCCUCUUAAGGUCAGUACAGCGCCAGUUCUACCUAGCAAAAUUUCGCCCAACAAUUCUACCAAAAGGACACGUACCUCAUACACGAGCCACCAGCUGGUAGAAUUGGAGAAGGAGUUUCAUGCCAGCAAGUACUACAUAAGCAGACUCAGGAGAAGCGAAAUGGCCGGAGCCCUGAACCUAUCGGAACGCCAGAUCAUAAUAUGGUUUCAGAACAGGCGAAUGAAAUACAAGAAGGAGCUGAAAGCCAAGAAUAUCUCGCCAUCCUCCACCAAUCCCAAUUCCCCAGAUUCGCCCCAGGGUACUGUCGGCGCCCUAAGGACGAGGUGCAACGAAAGAGUACCUCCUUCUUACUCCGAGUACGUUCCAGUCAAUCAUCAGCAGCUCAUGCACCCCUACGGCGCAAGACCGACUCCCUACGGGUCCAGAGGAUACAACAACUGGAAUAGGGAUUGCUAUUCUGAGGCAACUAUGUAUCCCCCAAUGAAUAAUACGUUGAAUCCACCCUAUUACCCCGGUCCUGGAAAAAAUUAUUCGCUCAGUUACAUGCCAAAUGGGCAAUUGCCAAAUGGAAUUAUGACUCAAGUGGAAGAAGAGAAUAUUUCAGCUCCCACCAUGACGGCCACAGAACAGGUGAUGAACAUCGUCAAUGGAAAUUGGCUGGAGCACAAUCUACCUCCGAAUUACUCUAUUUUGGGUAACGAAACAACCAUUACUGAGCUUUAAUCUGAAUUGAUCAAUUAUAAACUCAAGGAAUAAUACCACUGAAGAAAAGUUAUGCUUAAAGAAUUGUAAAAUCCUUCAAAUCUUUAUACACAAAAUUGUAAAUAUGUUCAUCGCGAUAUAAAAUCCCUAAAAAUAAUUAUUUGAAUCUUUUAUUUGAUGUAUUAGUGCUGUCAUUCGAAAAUGAAUUUUUUAAAUGUUUGUUCCAGUUUUAAAAUUAUUUUAAAUGUAAUGUAGAAUCGAGUUGUGUAGAUAUUUUAUAUAAAUAUGUAAAUACACGUCUUAGAAAAA